AUGCCUUCCCUCGUUGGAAAAGAAAUUGGCCCUACUGGCUAUGGCACCAUGAGAAUGACCUGGAACCCCCAGCCAACUCCACAGGACGUCGCCUUUGAGACCCUCAACAAGACUCUGGAGCUAGGCGCCAACUUCUGGAACGGCGGCGAGCUCUACGGUACCCCCGACUACAACUCCCUGCACCUGUUGAACAAGUACUUCACCAAGUACCCCGAGAAUGCCGAGAAGGUCGUUCUUAGCAUCAAGGGCGGUCUCAAGGCCGGCCAGUUGAUCCCAGAUGGAUCAGAAGAGAACAUCCGUCGCAGUGUGGACGAGUGCCUGAGGGUCUUGGAUGGAAAGAAGACAAUCGAUAUCUUCGAGUGUGCUCGCCAGGACGCAAAGUUCCCCAUUGAGCACACCAUCGAGGUCCUCGCGCAAUGUGUGAAAGAGGGCAAGAUUGGAGGAAUUGGACUAAGUGAAGUGGAUGCGGAGACUAUCAGAAGAGCUGCCAAAGUACACCCUAUCGCUGCCGUUGAGAUCGAGCUGUCUCUGUGGACAACCGACAUCUUGGAGAACGGCAUUGCCAAGACCUGUGCCGAACUGAACAUCCCAGUCAUUGCCUACUCACCACUAGGACGUGGCGCCCUAACUGGUGCCCUGACCGGUUUGGCCGACAUCCCGGAAGGUGACUUCCGUCGGUUCUUGCCACGAUUCCAGGAUGAGAACUAUGCGCAAAACAUGAAGCUAAUCAAUGAGGUCAAGAGCCUGGCAACUCGGAAGGGUGUUGCCCCAGCUCAAGUCGCAUUGGGUUGGAUUCGGAGCUUGAGUGACAAGCCUGGAAUGCCCACUAUUAUCCCCAUCCCCGGUGGCACAACCGUCGACAAAGUGACUCAGAAUCUGGUGGGAGUUAAGCUCUUCUCAGAUGAGGAGUUGGCCGAGGUUGAUGCGAUCCUGAAGGAGAACAUUGUUGCUGGAACGCGAUACUAA